AUGGAAAGUCCCCUGUGUAUCUCUGUUUUCUUGGUUUUGUGUGUCUUUAUCCAAUCAAGUGCCCAUGGACAAAGCCUGGGACUAGGGCCAUUUGGAAGAAGACUGAGGGCUGCUGAAACAAAGGAAGCAUUGCAGGCGACGGAGACGAGAUUCCUGCUUUUUCAAGAAGAAACGGAUAAGGGCUGUCAGAUUCGGCUCAAUCACCCAGACACGUUACAGAAGUGUGGCUUCAACUCCUCUCUGCCUCUGGUGAUGAUAAUCCAUGGGUGGUCGGUGGACGGCUUUCUGGAAAGCUGGAUCUGGCAGAUGGUUGCCGCGCUGAAGUCUGGGCUGGACCAGCCGGUGAACGUGGGGCUGGCGGACUGGCUCACCCUGGCCCACAACCACUACACGGUGGCUGUGCGCAACACUCGCCUCGUGGGCCAGGAGGUGGCCGCUGUCAUCCAAUGGCUGGAGGAAUCUGUUCCAUUUUCUCGAAGCAAUGUUCAUCUAAUUGGGUACAGCCUGGGGGCACAUGUCUCAGGAUUCGCGGGCAGUUACAUCGGCGGAAAGCACAAGAUUGGGAGAAUUACAGGGUUGGAUGCUGCUGGCCCUCUGUUUGAGGGAUCUUCGCUCAGUGACCGUCUUUCGCCAGAUGAUGCCAGUUUUGUGGAUGCCAUUCACACCUUUACCCGGGAGCACAUGGGCCUGAGUGUGGGCAUCAAACAGCCCAUAGCACACUAUGACUUCUACCCCAAUGGCGGCUACUUCCAACCCGGCUGCCACUUCCUAGACCUCUACAAACACAUUACCAAGCAUGGCUUAACUGCCAUCACUCAAACCGUCAAAUGCUCCCACGAGCGCUCGGUGCACCUCUUCAUCGACUCCCUGCUGCAUGCCAGCAUGCAGAGCACAGCGUACCAGUGCAACGACAUGGGCAGCUUCAGCCGGGGCCUGUGCCUGAGCUGCAAGAAGGGCCGCUGCAAUGCGCUGGGCUACCACAUCCGCCAGGAGGGCCGGAGCAAGAAGAGCAAGAAGAUCUUCCUCACAACGAGAGCACAGUCCCCCUUCAAAGUGUAUCAUUACCAGUUCAAGAUCCAGUUCAUCAACUACCUUGAGAAACCAGUAGAACCAACUUUUACUAUGACACUCCUGGGAACAAAAGAGGAAAACCGGAAAAUUACCAUCUCUCUGGAUCAAGAAAUUACUAGUAAUAAAACCUAUUCCUUCCUUAUCACGUUGGAUUUGGAUAUCGGUGAGCUGAUCAUGAUCAAGUUCAAGUGGGAAAAUGGUGCAGUAUGGACCAAUGUCUGGAACACGGUCCAAACCAUCAUCCCUUGGAGCAGAAAGCCCCUCUACUCGGGCCUUGUUGCAAAGACCAUCAAAGUCAAGGCGGGAGAAACCCAGCAACGAAUGACAUUUUGCUCAGAAAGCACGGAUGGCCUAAAACUCCAACCAACCCAAGAGAAAACGUUUGUAAGAUGUGACAGAAACUCUAAAAAGCUGAAGAGAAAGAUCAGAUGAGCUUUAAUGAAGACCCAAUGUGAAAAACAAAUGAUCUUAUUCCUUUUCUGGAAUGGUUACUUUAUUUGGAAACCCAAGUUAUGUAAACAAUCUUGCAUAAAGUUGAAAUAAAGCUUAGAU